ACAGUAAAACGCGAGCGUUGUAAACAUUGUGUUUUAAAGGCCUUGGCGGCUAACGUUAGCCGCACAGUGCUAACACCAUUCUAUAACAUAAACCGUUGCCAGUGAGUUAGCAAGACGGCUACAGACACUAGCACACCAACUUCCUCAUCGCCGACAGACAGACAGUGAUUCACGUGUUCUUCGUUUCCUUGUUGCUGCCUGUCUGUCAGACAGACCUUAUGGUCGUCGUCCCCUGACUUCUGUCAAAGCCGUCACAGGCGUCGUUUGCGCAGGUGGAGGGAUGAGUCUCUCCCCUGCGAUUGGCACAGAAGUGCCAGAAAUGGCUAAUGGAGUUGUUAUACCCGUGGUUUCGGAGAACGGCCCUCAUGUUUCACUCUCCGUGAAGUGUGGGGGUAGCAGAGCAACCUGUCCUGGGGAGGCAUCAGAGGACGGCUCCCCCGGACACACAGACAACCAUGUUUAUGAUGGUGAAGGUCGCCUGGAUACAGCCAUGGCCAUCAAUGAGAGAAUCUCUAGUUUAUCAUUGCACACCCCGUGGGUGACAGAGCCCUCCCUCUCCACAGACACAUGCACAGGAGACUCAGAAUCAGGAUCCAUCAGCAGAGACAUUCCCGGGGCCGCUAACGCUGUCGAGCCUCCUGGUGCAGCUCUGCUGUGGGACUCGGCACAAACCAAAGACUCAUCUCAGCACGAAGGCCCCGUCUCCCCGGACAGACAGCAGACAGAGGCAGAAACCUUAGACGGAGGUACCGACAGCCGAGAGGAGGAUGAAGAUGAAGAAACGGAGAAACAGGAGGAAGAGGAGGAGGAUGAGAAGAAUGAAAACAAGUGGAGGACUCCGUAUGCAGGAGGGAGAACAAAAAUGAACUCUUCACAACACUACUCCUCCUCAGCUCCUGGUCCCAGCACCUCCUCCUCUUCCUCUCCCCCGCCUCCUCUUCUUCCCUCAGAUGACGCCCCCUGCCCUCCGCAUGUCAUGGCCCAGGUCUGGGUUCGCAACGUCCGGGGGAUGCAGGAUAGCAAGAGCCUGGAUGAAAUUAGCCAAACAUGUGGAGGCAGUGUGUGUGCCAGGGGCGGGGGCAGAGGUGGCCAGUCAGAGGGCAGACGGGCCACAAUUUCCUCAGCUCUGGAGCUAGAGGGGACGGUCAGCCAAGAGGGAGACCUGACUCACUUCAUCACUAAGAACCUGGAGCAGAAGAUCAAGAUGAGCUCCAAGCCCAGUCUGGACUGCAGUGACUCGGACUGCUCGGGGCCCAUAUACCGAAGUCGGGGGUCGUCACGGAGACCAGCUGAUAUCCCACCCAUUGAUACUGCUGUCCUAUUGGACCUGCAGAGACACACACAGGAAGUGGCGCACAGUGUGGAGAUGAUGAUGCGGAGCCUCAAUGGAACCAUCCAGAAUAUGACAGCUCUGAGUGUGGGCUACAUCCAGACCUACAGAGACUCAGUUGACAGCCUGGGAGAGUCUGUGGACAUGAGUAUAAAGGGCAUGUACACGCUGAUGGCUCGCUGCGAGGAAUUGGAUCGCUCCAUGCAGCCCAUACACACCCUGGCAUCACAGAUCCGUGACAUCAAACGCACCCUGGACGCUCUGGAGGCGAUUUGCAAGUAACCUGCAUGUCUGGUACGAAAAAAACACUCCAGCCGUAAAGAUCCAUCAUUGCUGUCAGCAAGUAACUCCACCCAUGUGCAGGUACCACACACACACACACACACUGCAGCGAAGAUGAAGUGCACCUCUGGAGUCCUGGAACCACUGUUAGUAGGCAUGCUGGAUGACUGACGCCCAUAGUCCCUCCGCUUGCUCAUUGUUUGAAGGUGACCAUGUGUUGUGAGGUCUCAAAUGAAUUGCGCUUGAUUCGCUCUCGGGUUUGAGCUUUUUCCUUCUUUUUUAAAAUUUUUUUUUAAAGAAACUUCACUUCCUCUAAUGAAAUCUCACAAAAAAAAUUUUUUUUGGAGACACUUGGCCAAGUGCCCUGAACACAUAGACACACACACAAAGAUGUGUGGGGGUAGACGCCCUCUCUUCAUACUCUCCUGGAGGAAUUGUGAUGUUAUCCGUCCAGCCCGCUUGGUUCAGAUUGCACUAACCUCUCCUCCCCAUACGGGGGGGAUGUUUAUCUCUCUGUGUCUUUCUCUGCUUAUGAAGAGAGACCAGUCCGAACUGCUCAGAAGACAGUUACUCUUGCACAGUAACUGAAAGUCUGUUUUUUUUUUUAAUCUUAUGCAACAAGGAUCAGAUUCUUUCACUGAAGGCUAAAUGAGUUGACCAGAGAAUCACAUCUGUCUGUCUGUCUUUUUUAUUUAUUCAGUUUCUCGUGCAUGCGUUUCCAAAAGAAACAGUGCUUCUGUGUCACUGAGCAGCACUGCCAGCUUCCUCCACUGGUGGCCACUGACCAGCUCCAUGGGAGCAAGUGGAAUUUAAGUCUGUCAAGAGUUAUGAGAGUGAUUCAUUUAACUGUCCAUUAAUUUUAAAAGACAAAAAAAAAGGUCAGGCGGCCUUUAAAUUACACAGGUGCUUCUCUGAUUUGUUUGUCUAGCACCAUUGUCAUUUGGGCUAAGACAUCAGUUCUCUGUGAAUGCAAUCCAAUGCCAUGUUCAGUGACUUUAAAUAUUUGAAAAGCUUCAGGUGUUCUGAUGUAUGUAUCUGUAUGAUUUUGAUUCUAAUCUGAGGUGAAAAAACUUCAUGCAAGGCAGAUAGAUUUAACCAACCCAAAGUUUUUUCCAUGGAAUUUGAAUCCACUGAAAGUCGUUUCAUUUGCUGCCCUUUUUCAUUUCUAGCUAACAUUUUAAUCCGUGUCAAUAAGUGGAUCGUGUUGGUUCCAGUUUCGUUCAGCCAUUUUAAAGAAAUAAAAUACCCAUUGGUGAAGCUCAA